AGGAAGAGCAGGACGAGGAGGAGGAGAGAAACAAACAGCGACACGAAAUGAAACAGUUCUCCUCUUCCUCUCGUGACUGCACAUGAUGAUGAAGACGAUCCUGUGAAUGAGCAGAUGUAAACGGUGGAAGUGGGCGGAGCUGAGCUUUUCCUUUGUUUGUUUGUUUGUUUGUUUGUUUGCUGGAAUAUGAAGCAGCAGCAGGUCGCUUGUAUGUGGAUGUUACCAUGAGAGGAAGCAGCAUGGAUCUGCUGUGGAGGAUCCUCGCUGCUCUCAGCUUCGACUGCUUCAAAGAUUCGUCUUCGACCAGGUCUCCAAACAAGCUGAGCUCCAGUCAGGCGGGCAGCCUGGACAGCAGCUCACUGACGGGGUCACUGUCGCUGGGCCCUGACCUUCCACACUGCCAGUGCUGCAUCACUUACGAGACCCGUCUGAAGCGUCUCUCCUGCGGCCACCUCUACUGCAGCCCCUGCUGCGACCAGAUUGUCAACCUGGCCUUUGAGGACAUUGAGGGUUUGUCCGAUUAUCCCUGCCCCAUGUGCAAAUCCAUGCGCCAGCUGGGGGGCCUGGGGCCCUCGUCCUCCUCCGGGUUCCUCUGUGGCUCCCACAGCAUCCUGCAGCAGCAGCAGCAGCAGCUCCAGCAGCAGCAGCAGCAGCUCCAGCAGCAGCAGCAGCAGCUCCAGCAGCAGCAGCAGCAGCAGCACACAGGGAAGGAGUUUGGGAGUUGCUGGGGGUGAAGUGAAAGCUGUGUGUGUUUUGUUCCUGGACUUCCGGUUUGUCUCUCUCUGUCUAUGAACUGAUGUUUUCAAUGCACUUCCACUGCCAUUAAAACUACCUAGUGACUUCAGACUACAACAAAUGACAUUCUAAAAGUGAUAGUUUGGGUUUUUUCAAGUGUGGUUUUUAUGAGGUACCGACAAAAAGAACAAAAACAAACACAUGGGAACAGAUUUGACCCAGCAGCAUCUAUGCCUGCUUAUAUCCUGAGAACAUUAGCAUCACUUUUCUCACCAUUAAACAACAUUUAUCGACUGAAAACUUACGUUUUCAAACCACUUUCUCUCCCGCACUAAAGUCCAUAGAGAAAAUCUGCAUUUUUAGGUGUGUGUGUGUGUGGGGGGGGGCAGCAGUGGAUCAACAACUCUUGUCUGCUAUGAUGUAAAAACACUUAAUUUCUCCAUGGACUUUGGUGCGGGGAGUGAGUCGUUUCUGAAAUGACACAAACUUCAAAUGUCCAAGUUUAAGAGAGAGUGUUCCAGACAUUUUGUGUCGGUCUUUUGAUCAGUGGCACAAAUCAGUUUUUCCAGUCUGUCGUUAUCUGAUUCAAACACACCGUCUUUUUAACUCUCUUCAGUGUUGCUCUGAUGUCGAGUGGUCAUGUCUGACUUUAGUGUCACGUAUGUCGCGUGACACUAAAGUCUAUAGGUUUAAGUGCCAACAUGCAUAGACCAUUGGAAACUUGUAAAAUGUGAAAUGACGUCUUAUUCGUGUUUUAAAAAUCAUGCAGGUUUUCUACAAACGUGCAGAGCUUCAUUGUCCAGACUCUGGUACGAGGAGCUUUUACAUGUGACGUGAAUUUUGGAUUUUAAUGUGUAACAUUUCCUGUUGAUGUAUUGAAGCAUUUUGCACUUUUUAUUCCGACUGUACAGAUCAAACGAGCUGGUUUGGAUUUGACAUUUUAAAGCUGUUGUUACCGUG